UAAUACGCGGAAGACUUGAGCUUGAAGUUGAAGUUCGUAUCGUAGUGUGGCUCUUCAACUUGAAAUCUUCAUAUACCCGAAGCAGACGGUCUGCGAAUAAUUUUUCGUGUCACGGCCAGGUCAUCGCAUAGCUUAACAAUUUUGGUACGUGACAUGUGCUUGAAUUCCAAGAACUCUCGUCGUCUCCCGAAGUUGUUAAAUAGAGUAAGAUGCUCUCCAUAAAAGUCGUAUUUUGUAUAGUAGUCCUGCUGCCGACUGCAUGUCUGGGACUUCUCGAGGGAUUGUAUUGCGGCACACAGGAUUGUUACAAUGUUCUUGGAGUUACCAGAGAAUCCACAAAACAAGAAAUAGCCAAAGCCUACCGCUCCCUGGCCCGAAAAUACCAUCCGGACUUGCAUCGCGGCGAUGAGGCCAAAAAGACUGCUGAGGAACAAUUUAAAGCCGUUGCUACUGCCUACGAGAUUCUCAAAGACGAUGAAUCCAGAAACGACUACGACUACAUGUUGGACAAUCCCAACGAAUACUAUGCCCAUUACUACAGGUACUAUCGCCGUCGUGUGGCUCCAAAGGUCGAUGUCCGUAUAGUUAUAGUCGUCACAUUGACCAUUAUCUCCAUCAUUCAGUACUACUCUGGAUGGCAACGUUAUGAUUCGGCCAUAAAGUACUUUGCAACCGUUCCAAAAUAUCGCAACAGGGCUCUGGACAUGGCGAAAGAUGAAAUCAACGAGAAGCUAAAUAAAAAGGGAAGAAAUCGCCUGCCGAAGAGCGACCAAAAGGAGGAACUCGAGAAAAUAAUCCGAAAAGUAAUCGAAGAGAAAAUGGACGUGAAAGGCGGAUACGCCAAACCAUCCAUUAUGGAUCUCCUUUGGAUUCAACUACUCAUACUGCCGUACACUAUAUUCAAAUAUGCCGUCUGGUACGCCAAAUGGACUUGGAAAUUCACAAUAAACAAACAGCCAUAUGGAGAAGAGGAGAAGCUCUACAUUAUUCGACGAAACAUGAAUAUGGGACAGAAUCAGUUCCUAUCACUAGAAGAUAAACAAAUCAACGAAUACCUAGAACUGGAGCUGUGGAAAAAAGAAAACUUCCUUGAAUGGAAAGAGGAGCAGGACGAGGAGAUGAAGAAAUCUCUUGCGGAGAACGCACGAUACAAGUCAUACCGUCGCUAUAUGAAAAAGCAUGGCCCAUCGAGACUUACCUUCGAAGACUAAAGUUUUAUUUACUAAAGAACAUUCUUCCAAAACAUACGCUAUAUCCCACACUAACAGAAUAAACCUACCAAGUUAUUUAUUUCUAUAUUUAUAUUUAAAUAACCAAUUAAAAUAUGAACCACAUUCUAUGCUUGUUGUGUUAGGACAGGCACAAAAGAAAAAAAGAUCAAGUUUUAUUGAUUUUCAACAAUUUAAUUUGUUUUAAAUAUUUCCAAUAAUUUUUUUUUAUGUAAAUAACAACGCAAUCUAAUAAAUAUGCUCAAUUUUAGUGUAAUAUCUUUUUUACAAAU